AUGUCGGCUGCAGCUCACCGCCCAACGCUCCAUUGCAUAACAGAAGGUUCAGUACUCAAACCACCGAGAACGAGAACGUUCGGGACGGUCCCACACUGUCUUUCCAGGAAGUACCUUGCAAGGGGUGUUCAAGAAGAAGAGACCACUACAGCUUCCUCGCAUCGCACCUUGCCGAACCUCGAACUUUCUCUCCUUAGACACAACUCAAAGCUGCUGGCUUUCCGGUGCAUCUCAAACCUCUCGACAACGAGACGGCUCACAACAACGCACUGCUUACAUCAAACAGCUUCCCUCAGUCAUUGGGCAGCCAGAGCUCCGCGGAGGCCCGCCGGCCCAGCAGGCCAUAGCGACGCCAUGGCGCCCGCGGGGUCUGCUGAGAAAAAGGCAGACAAGAGCUAUUUCUCGUCUGCCGUGGACUCGAUGAACCCUUGGGGUGGUAGCCGAAGCACAACCCCGACGCCCAAGGAACCUGUUCCUCCCACGCCUCCGCCUCCCCCCGCUACCAGCAACCCCGGGGAUCACAGUAUCAACUAUGUCUACGGCCAGAGCACCAAGAGAUACCCGCCCGACUGUCCACCUCUGAACGUGAAAUGGUUCCAUGCAGUCGAUAUACCCAAGCGUAAACCCAAGUUCUUGCGUUCCAAAAAACCGAUCGAAGAUCCAAAGCCACCCCCAGCACCAAAGAAACUCGUUCCCUUUGCGCCUGAGGAUUCGCGGUCGAUAGAGGCGACAUAUCAGACUAUACUUGAAGACUUGGAAAAGAAUAGGGGCUCCACGACCAAACGACCACCACCAACUAAGCUCAGUCGUAGGCCACAAGUAGGUAGUGGGGAUUCAACGCCAAGGACCACAGACCACCACAUUGUCUAUGUUCAGGAGGACUUUCUCUUCCAAGUCGACAUCGAAGACCGAGAGCUGGCACCUGUGUAUUGGCUCGGCCCAAUCUACGACGUGAGAAGGGGCACUUGGUUCUACCAGGAAGGGUCGACGCUGCGGCCAUGCGAGGAGAAUCUGGCAGCGCAGCUGGAGGAGGGCUACUUAAAGGCGAAGCCAUGGACAUAUCCACCUCGCAACCGGAGCAAUUCUGGCACGCAAAACGUAACGCCAAAGGCGUCCAACGAUAAUCUCAGAGCCGCAGCAGCGGGACAGGCAGAGACUGCUUCAAAGCCCGCCGCGUCUGCCGCGCCGCAGGUACAACAUCAACCGCACAGCCAUCGUCUGUUUGGAACUUACAUGAACAGUGUUGCGACCUACCAAGAUUCCACAGUAGCGUGGCUGACUUCCGAUAGUGUUCUAUCUUGGGUAACCUCGACGGUUUACGAAAGAUUUGCAGGCGGUGGUUACAUGAGCGGCGUCAAGCUAGUUCGUGGUUAUAGCGAGCCGAACAAGGCGAAAGAAAAAGAAAGUCCCGACGGAAAAGGUGACGCGAAAGCUGACGUGAAGGAGGGAAGAUGGCCUUCCACACCGCCUGCCGACAUAACAGAGCUCAAGCUCGAUGAGAAGCAACAGAAACUGCUCAAAAGGAGAUCUGCACCCCCUAGCACCAAGUCCCCGGUCAAGGAGUCUGAGGAGAGUCGAGACAAGGAAUUGUUGACAUCGUUAAUGGGAAGCGCUGAUAAGACUGGCGAUCAAGAAGAAGAAGACGUGAGAAGGAAGCAAGAGAAACAGAUGCAGAACGACUACAACACUCAGGCUGGUGAAAACCAAGGGCGAGAUAUCGACCAUCUGUUUCUGGUAACACAUGGAAUCGGACAGCUCUUGGGGUUGAGAAUGGAGAGCGUCAAUUUCGUGCACGAUGUCAACAUUCUUCGCAAGACCUUGAAGGGCGUUUACUCAAACUCUGCAGAUCUGAAGGCAUUAAACUCAGAUAACGGGGAUGGCCCAGGCAAUUGUAGGAUCCAGGUUCUGCCCGUCUGCUGGCGGCAUCUUCUGGACUUCCCAAAGAAGCGAGAAAAGAAACGCGAGCAUGACUUGGGAGAGACUUAUACUGAGGAGGAUGAGUACCCCUCGCUGGAAGACAUCACUGUAGAAGGGGUUGCCUUUGCCAGGUCGCUCAUUUCCGAUCUUGCCUUGGACGUUCUACUCUACCAGAGCGCCUACCGGGAGCAAAUCGCACAUAUUGUGCAAGAGGAGUCUAAUAGAGUGUACAAUCUAUUCUUAGAAAGGAACCCAGGCUUCAAAGGAAAAGUCCACGUCAUAGGACAUUCGCUCGGAUCCGCCAUAAUGUUUGAUAUUCUCUGCCGACAGAAAGAGGAUUCCAAGACAAACGAGCGUAACCCGCUCCGUAUCUGGCCCUCGCAGGGUCGGCCAGAAACUUCCAAGGACCCAAGAGAGCUGAAGUUUGAUUUUCAAGUGGAAGACCUUUACUGUCUCGGCUCUCCUAUUGGGUUGUUUCAAAUGCUCAAGGGCCGAACCAUUGCAGCCCGGCACAUGGCCGAUUCGUUUCCCUCAGAAAGCCCCUUGGAUCCGGACACGAUGGAGGACCCAUUCCUCUCGGCCGAUCCCACACAGCGCGUAUCAACCAUCACCGGACUGCCGUUCUCAAUCUCAUCUCCGAAAGUCAAGCAGCUAUUCAACGUAUUUCACCCGUCAGACCCCAUCGCCUACCGCAUGGAGCCGCUCAUCACGCCCGCCAUGUCGAGCCUCAAGUCGCAGGUUCUGCCGUACACCAAGAAGGGCAUAUUUGGCAGCGUGGCGCCGCAAGGUAUCACUGGAAUCGGCGUCAAGGUAGGGCAGAGCGUCUCGGGGCUCUGGUCGUCACUCAGCGCCGGCAUUGCCAGCAACAUCCUCAACCGCAGCCUGGGCCUGACGCAGGAGGACGUGGCCAACAUGCAGCAACAGCAGCAGAACCCGACGCCGUCGUCGGGCGCCGCGGGCACGAACAUCUCGUCGGCCACGGGCGUCCUCUCGGACGCGUCGGUGCAGUCGGAGAAGUCGGCCGAGCGCAAGCGCCAGCUCGCCAGGAACAACAGCGGCCUCAGCCCGCUGAGCGGCAAUGACGCGACGCUCAUUGAUGACGAGCUCGAGACGCUCUUUUCCAACUUUGAGAACAGGAGGGUCAAGAACAAGGAAAAAUUUAGCGAAGAGGAGGACAAGGCCAGAAGGCUGCGCAAAGAGGAGAUGAAGGUGCGGGCGCUGAACCGAAACGGGAGGGUGGACUACAGCAUUCAGGAGAGCGCGUUGGAUUUCAAUCCCAUCAACACCAUCGCGUCUCAUAUGGCGUAUUGGAGCGACGAAGAUGUUGCGCACUUUAUCAUGUCCCAGGUUUUGUCCAACAGGAGCGGGACUGGCAGGAGAUAG